AUGAGCGAAAAGGGUUUCCGUCUAGACUCGUGCUCAGAGCCACUGAUUCUGCCCGAGCAGGGUGCACAGGAGCUCUCCAGCGCCCUCUAUCGGCUGCAGAACUGCUCGUCUCCUCUGGUGUGUCUGCUUCAGUCUGCUCUCUCUCCUCAGGGCCUGAAUGCCUCCUACCCGUGUCACAACUCGUCGUCCAUAAACACGACUCACGACUUUGACUCAGCUCUGAGGGCGACUCAGUGCGUGCAGUGUUGGCUCCAGCAGGUGGCACUGUUACCCCAGCUUUAA